AUGGGCUACUGUGGUUUGGGUUAUUUCAGCAGCAGAAGUCUUCAUGGUGUGGCAUCCUCCAGGUCUGGAAUACCUGUUGAAAGAUGUCCUCCUCCAAGAUGUGGAUAUGGCUUUGGUGCAGCUGGCACGGGGUUCGGCUACAGAGGCGCUGGCUUUGGCUACGUGGUUUGUGGAGUCUCCAGGCCGUGCACCAUCACACCCAUUACCAUCAACGAGCAACUGCUCCAACCACUCAGACUGGAACUCGAUCCCAACAUGCAAAUGGUGAAGGACCAAGAGAAGGAGCAGAUCAAGACCCUCAACAACAAAUUUGCUUCUUUCAUUGACAAGGUUCAAUUCCUGGAAAAGCAGAACAAGGUGCUGGAGACCAAGUGGAGCUUUCUGCAGGGUCACAAACACGGCAAGAAUACCAUCGUGCCCGUGUUAGAGGCUUAUAUUGGUAACUUGAAGAAGCAGAUGGAAGCACUGGGGUACAACAGAGCGCAGUUAGAAACAGACCUGAAAGCAGCACAGCAGGUUUUGGAAACCAACAAGAAAACGUACAAGGACGAAUGCAGCCAGCGGACAUGCAGCGAGAGUGAGUUUAAUGCCCUAAAGAAGGACGUGGACUGUUUUUUCUUAAACAAAGCAGAGCUGGAGGCCAAGGUGGAAAGCCUGAAAGAAGAGGCUGAAUUCCUGAGAAUGUUCUACCAACUGGAAAUCCACCAGUUAAGGGCCCAAAUCUCAGAUACUUCGGUGGUCGUGCAGAUGGACAAUAGCCGAGAUCUCAACUUGGAUGACAUCAUUGCAGAUGUCAAGGCUCAGUACAAGGACAUUGCCCGCCGGAGCCGGGCAGAAGCGGAGGCCUGGUAUGAAAGCAAGUUUAAGGAGCUGCGAGUCACUGCAGGCAGAAACGCUGACAGCCUGCGAGAGGCAAAACCCAAGAUAGCUGAGCUGACAUGGAUAGUCCAGAGACUGAACGGAGAAGUGAGGAGCACCAAGGACCAGCGCUGCAAGCUGGAAGCCGCUGUGGCAGAUGCUGGGCAGCGUGGGGAAACGGCUGUCAAGGAUGCAAAGCACAAACUCUCCGAGCUGGAGACAGCCCUGAAGCAGACCAAGGCAGACCUCACUCAGCAGCUCAACAAGUACCAGGAGCUCAUGAACAUCAAGCUGGCCCUGGACAUCGAGAUCGUCACCUAUAGGAAGCUGCUGGAAGGAGAGGAGAGCAGGCUCUGUGCAAAAGGUGGCUUCCCUAUCAACAUCCGUAACUUUGCUCUGCCUUUUGCAGCUGUCUGCCAUUUUCAGGGAGGUCUCACCUAUGGUCCAGAGCCUGGCUUUGCAAACACCCACCCAUCAGCCAAAAGAAACGCACGGUGGACCAGCAGCAUGGGGGUCUGCGGCACGGUGGUGAGCUGCAGCGAUGGUGCUAGCAGCAGGGGCACGAGGAGCUCCCGCAUGAAGGUGGUGUCCGUGACCAAGUCAGCCAAGAGCAACAUGUAA